UGGGGCUGCCGAGGCGAGAUGAUGACAGCUAACCAGGCUGUCAGUUUACUAACAUGCUCCACCAGCAGGCUGCAGCACAGACACGGACAGACAGUGGAGAUUAAAGAGGUGAGAACUUUCCGCAGAGAGACGGGGUCAUUGUGGGCGCAUGCUUGAUACAGUGUCGAUGCUGCACGCCCGUUUUUCAUCUCUGGUGUGUAGUCUGGAAGCACAGAGUCAUCAGAGAGGAUGCUGUCUGAAUCGGACUCACUCCCAGACAGAGACAUGUCGUCCUCGUCAGGGCCUGAGCCCAGGUGGGGGUCCACUGCUGCUGUGGCCAUCUUCCAACGUCAGAACAGGAGGGCCCGAAGACAGAUCACACUGCAAUUGACCAGCUGUCCUCAUCUGCCCAGGGGAGAAAAAGAUCUGGUGAAAAGUGACCAGGCAUGGAUGCUUGAACAGGGAAAGAAGAGUGAGACAGAAUUUAAAGACCUUAAGGUGAAGAGAGAGGACACGACAUUAGGACAAAAUCAAGGGGAACAGAAGAGCAAGGGAUGCAAAAUGAAGACUUUGGCCAAAGUGCAAGGCAAGACUGAACAGCUUCUGGGAUACAAGGCUGAAAAGAUUUCAGAUACUAGCCGGGAGAAACUGUUGUCGGAUGAAAACAAUCAGGACAUCAGGACACAGUUCAAGUGGGCCAGGAAAUCCAGUGCGGCUGCAGGAUGCAAAGCAGAGUCGUACUCUGUGGCAGGCAGUGACGGUACUAUCACCCCAUCAGUGGGCUGUGUGCCCCACCAGGCCUCAGGCAGCUCCAGCCCCUGCUCAAACUCCUUGUCAGGAGGAUCCCGGCACCCUGUCAGUGCCCUGAAGAAAUGGCUCACCAACCCCGUCCGCAAACUGAGCUCCGAUGCCAGAGGAGGAGUGGGAAAAGUCGAGAAGCAGAUGUGCAGGUCAGAUGGGAGGCAGUCGCCAUUGCUUCUUUCCCACCGUGAAGCUCAGUCGAGGCCUCUGGAACAGCACAAUAACUACACCAUCCUCCCCUCUGGAGAAACGAUGUGGAGAGACAGUCUGUCGAGUCCAUCUGCUUCUUCUCUUACACAGCCGUCCUCUCAGAGAUACUUAGCUGACCUUCUGCAAGGCAGAGACACACAAAGUCUAAGUCAAAAAUCCAGCAUCAACACCCUCCAAGGGGAAGACAGCUGUACUGUGACUGAUGACUCAGGCAGUCAGUGUUCGACCAGAGUGGACAGCGAUGAGGAGCGAAACAUUGCCUUAGAGAAGAGCAUUUAUGUGCUGACAGAGCUAAUAGAGACAGAAACGUUGUAUGUGGAAGAUCUUGGACUCAUAGUGCAGGGCUACAUGGCCACUAUGGCCAAUCAGGGAGUUCCAGAGGACAUGAAGGGGAAGGACAGGAUUGUGUUUGGAAACAUCCACCAGAUCUAUGACUGGCAUAAGGAUUAUUUCUUGGGAGAGUUGGAGAAAUGUGUGAGUGAUCCAGACAGCCUGGCCCAGCUCUUCAUCAAACAUGAACGACGUCUUCACAUGUAUGUGGUUUACUGUCAGAACAAACCCAAGUCAGAGCACAUUGUCUCUGAGUACAUUGAGACCUACUUUGAGGAUCUCAGGCAGCAGUUGGGUCACAGGCUGCAGCUCAAUGACCUGCUCAUCAAACCUGUUCAGAGGAUCAUGAAGUAUCAGCUUCUGCUGAAGGACUUCCUGAAGUACUACAGGAAAGCAGGAAGGGAUGUUGAGGAGCUGCAGCGGGCCGUGGAGGUCAUGUGUUUUGUGCCAAAACGCUGUAAUGAUAUGAUGAAUGUAGGCCGGCUCCAAGGUUUCGAGGGUAAAAUCACAGCUCAGGGGAAGCUGCUCCAGCAGGAUACCUUCGCUGUCAGUGAGCAGGAAAAUGGCAUCCUGUCCAGAGCGAGGGAGAGGCGGGUCUUCCUGUUUGAGCAACUGGUUAUCUUCAGUGAGCCAAUUGAUAAGAAAAAAGGCUUCUCGUUGCCAGGGUACACUUUUAAAAACAGCAUCAAGGUCAGCUGUUUGGGCGUGGAGGAACACUCUGAAGAAGAUCCAUGCUGUCUGGUCCUGACCUCCCGGGGGACUGACAGCAGCGUGAUGCGCUUCAUCAUGCAGGCAUCAUCUGCGGAAAUACAGCUGGCUUGGCUCAAUGAUGUGGUCCAGAUCCUAGAGACUCAGAGGAACUUCCUUAAUGCCCUUCAGUCCCCAAUAGAGUACCAACGCAGGGAAAGCAAGUCAAACAGUCUGGGCAGGAACAUGAAGUCUCCAACAGCUUCAGCAUUUGGCCUGCGACCGAACUCCUCGGCUUCCAUGGACCGACGUCAGCAGCCCUGCCUGCUGUCUUACAACGCCUCCCUGCCCUCUCUGCAUUCGCCCCAACACAGCCCUGCCUCAAAGGUGGUCUCUAACCCUUGUGCUGUGACACCUCGAGCAGUUCACAUCCCACUUUCCUCCCACCAGCAGCUCAGUUUGUCCACAGAGGCGACACAUGACAGUGGGACGUCUAAUGGUCUGCCACCCCGCAGCCAGUACAGCAUGCAGGGUGUGAUUGCUAAUUUCCAGGCGACCAUGUUUAAGGGUGAGAGCGGGACUUCUUCGGCACAUCGACAAAACAACCUGGAUCAGCUCACGGAGAGCGAGCAGUAAUGCCCUGCGAUGACGCAUGAACUCACUUCAACCCUCUGGAGUAGGAGUGCCUUGACCGAGUGCUCUGUCAGCAUUGUUUGACUGUUUCACUCCAGUUCAGAAGUCAUCAAGGUAUCAGUGUCUCCGUCUUCACAUUUUGUCCCAGAUUUCCUUCCAAGUUUCCUUCAAAUACCACUAUGGUGCAGGCUAAUCUGGAUUCGAUCUUGGUUUGAUUGUGUUGAUUUGAGUGUGAGUGCACACACGGCAUAUGCACAUGGUGAUAACAGAUGAGAUAAAAUGAACAUGGUUUUGCACCGCAGAGACUGUAUUUCAUAUUGUAUGUGUAUAAAUUUCUUACUUUUUCCACUGAAAUUUCCUUGAUGGAUAUUUUUGUAAUGCAUAAUAUUUUUGAUAGGGGACCAAUUCUACUUUAUUCCCCCAGAGAACUGGGCUCUCAAAUCCCUUAACAGUCAUACCCGGUGUCGUCAAAUGGAUCUAUCCUUGAAUUCACUGGGUGACUGUAGAUUCCAGUUUCACUGUGGGAUCUGAAUCCAUGAGCUGUGAAGCACACCUGUAUAUACCCUGAAGAUCAGCAAAUAGCUUGUGUUUUCCCCAUUGAUGGGCCAUUUUAACCCUGCCAUUGUUAAAGUGUUAUCUAAACUAAACACACACACGCACAAAGCGUGUGUCAUAAUCAAGUAGAAAGAGGAAAAAGGGAACAAAGGUGCUUAUAUGUCACUGUCAUCUUGAAUGUAAUUAAUCUAAUGUGGAAUCGUAUCACUAAAACUCUGUGAUUUGAUGUGUCCUGAUACACACAGA